AUGGAUUACAGUGAUGAUAAUUACACAUUUCCUGAUGAUAAUAACACAUUUCCUGACAUUAUUGAGUCUGUGACUCCUGAGAUUCAGCCGAUCCAGAUAGUGGCUCUGGUCAUGUACAGCCUUGUGGUCCUGCUGGGUGUGCCUGGAAAUGCUGUGGUGGUGUGGGUGACGGGGUUCUGCAUGUCCCGCUCUGUCACCUCCCUCUGGUUCCUCAACCUCGCUCUGGCUGAUCUUCUGUGCUGCCUCUCCAUCCCCUUGCUUAUGGUCCCUCUGGUCCACGACGAUCACUGGCACUUCGGUCCGCUGGCCUGCAUGCUCAUCAGAGGCCUGUUUUACCUGGUGAUGUACUGCAGCAUCCUGCAGCUGGUUGUGAUCAGCGUGGAUCGUUUGUUGCUGGUCAUUAGACCCAUCUGGUGUCAGAACCACAGGCGACCCAAACAGGGUGCUUAUGGAUGUGUUGCUGUGUGGGUCCUGGCCCUGAUAGGCAGUAUCCCACAGUUUGUGUACGCCAAGCAGAUUGUGGCAGGUGACGAGAAGAGAGAGUGUAGGAUGGAGUACACUGUAGACAGUGCCUGGCCUAUCUCUGCUUUUCGCUUCCUGAUUGGAUUCAUUAUUCCUUUCCUGGUUAUUCUAGUUUGUCACUUGGUGGUUUUCAACAAGACACAGAGGAGAAUGACACGAGGUCGGACCCGGUCCAAGAAAACCCUGAGGGUCAUCAUCGCUGUGGUGCUGAGCUUCUUCUUGUGCUGGAUACCUCUGCACAUCGUGGAUUUCCUCAUACUGACCACCCCUCGGGCUUCCCCUGCGAGCCCCAAACUUCACUUGGCACACGUUAUAGUGCUCUGCCUGGCUUACUUCAACAGCUGCCUCAACCCUCUGCUCUAUGUGUGUCUGGGUCAAAGCUUCAAAGACAGCAUGAACCGCUCACUGCGUAACAUCCUCCAGUUCAUCAGCGAGGACCCGACUACCAAGAUCAGCAUCACCCAUAUGGACACCAAGAGCACCAGUAAUGGCAAAGAGAUGACAACAAUAUGAUUGUGUACUGACUCUAAUACACAGACAGGACUGGUGUAAUAUAACAAUUUCCAUCACAGUUGAAGUUUCACAAAAGAAUAAGUAAAUUCUGCUGGCCUUGGCUUGGAUAUGAACCAUUAGAUUUGACUUGAUUUAUAUGAGCAAAAAAAGGUCUGUGGGUACAAAUACCCUGCCUUCACUUUUCAUGAGCUACUAAGAUUUUUUUCUGGUUAAGUUCGGUGAUAAGCAAAUAUGUUUUAAAGAAUUGUUAGAGGUUUCAAAUGUGGAACCGUUACUCAUUCUGCAACAUUUCUGUGAAACAUCAUGUCUUAUGCAACAAAAUUCUUGGCACUUCUAGUUUUUUCUCUCACAAAAAGAAUAUUUUAGAUUCUAUUAAGGUAUUUGUUUUUUAUCAUGUAUC